CGACAAUGUCCUUCAUCGUUGUAAAAUACGGAGCCAAUGAAGAGCGCCUUGUAAAUCCCAACACCUUAGCGUCUGUCCUGUUGCACCAUCUAAAAACUAGUUGCGGCUUUUCACACCUUCUGGAAAAUGUCGAUUUAGCAUCAGAGACAGGGGAAGUGAUCGAUUUACAAAGCAAAUCUAAGGAAUAUGCAAAAAAGUAUCUGGACGGAAGGGCGACAUAUAUUUUGGUAAAAGUUAUUGGGGAUGAAACAGACGAAUCUGCUCCAACAUAUGUGAGUUUACUUGAGCAACAAGGCGGCGAAAAGCUGAAGUUUUCAGCAUCUCGACAACGCACCAAGCCCAAAGCCGGUACGAGAGGUGAACCUACAUCUACUGGUACCGGUGGCCCUGCCACCAGUAAGGGAGCAAAAGCGGGAUCGGGCUUUUCCAGCACUACAAGCCUUUAUGAACCGCCUGCCACCCAAGGUGGAAAUAGGAGAACGGCAGGUAAACCAGCUUCAAGCUCCGAGAAGAGCGGUGCUUCCGGAGGCGGUACUGGGGGAGGUGGAACGAAAAGCAAGAGAAAGUGAAAUUAUGGGAAUCAAGGAUGUAAUAGUGGAAAAUCACCCUGAUACAGAUUGUAUUUAGUCUGAUUAACAUGAUCAAUGACAUUUUAGCUUCCUCUAUCCACUGUAAACUCUAGGUAGAGCGAACGCCGA